ACCAAUUCUGAUUCGGAUUUAGUACUACUUAUUUGGAUUGGGAUCGGUUCGAUUCUUCGAAUUCGAGUUUUUUGCCCAACCUUAAAUAGUGACAUAAAAAGCAAAUAGCAUCAUAUUUUUUUUAAAAUACACCCGCACAGGCGUGCGGGUCAAAAUCUAGUUUCAUUUAAAUCUCUAACUCGUUUAGACCCAUUUGAUUUUUCUAUGAUAAGAUUAAUCAUUUAGUUCAUAUAUAAGAAUGCAACAUCAAAUCUUAAUGAUUGAUUGCAUGUAAUUAAUUAAAUUAAUGUUUCAGAGUUGAAUAGUUAACAUUUUUUGCUAAAAAAAGAAUAGUUAACAUUAAGGCUUUUAGUUUUCAAUUUACGUAAAAAUGAAAAAAAAAUUGUUACAAACCAGAGAAUUCUCCAUUACAGCCUAUAUUAAACAUAACUAAACCAUUGAAAAUUUUAUACUAAUAAUUGAACUAUAUGUGGUAAUGAUCACGUCAUGUGUAAACAUGUUUGAAUAAUCUGUCUAUAUUCAUAAGGAUUUAUUUUUAGAGUAAUUAUAUAAUAGAUUAUGAGAAAUAAUAAAUGAGUUCAUUUAAAUUAUAAAAAAUAUGUAAAGUAUUUUUAUAGUUAGAGAAAUAUAAGGUAAGACCAAAAAAUAGUUAAGUCAAAUGAAAUGGUCUAACAAUCUUGUUUAAGUAGAUUUUUUAAUAAUAUUUCCCUUUUAAUAGUAAAGAUUUGAUGUGCAAUUUCAACUAAAUCUCCCGUCAAUAAAAUAUGUUUUCAAGUUCCAUAAAUAAGUUUAUGCUUUUAUUUGUUAUAACUGAUUUUCAAUAUAUUAUAAUGUAAAUAUCAUAUCACCCGUAACGAUGAAUUUCCGUAUUUGACAAUUGUUGAUCUACUAUCUUAUGCAAAAUCUAGAAAAUGAUUUAGUAUAUUACUAUAUUUUGAGCUAAUUAUUUGACUUAGAUAUUUUGAAUGAACAAAAUGACAUAAAAAUAUUUGGAUAUUUUAAAGUUGUUAAGUCGAAAAAUAGAAAAUUUAUUAAAAUGUUAUUUUUUACAUUUUAAUUAAUUAUAAUACAUAUUUAAGAUUCACCGAAUGUUAAUAUGUGAAAGUUUGAAAAUAUAUAUAACUAUUUUUCUACCUAAACCGAUAAUCCAUGAAGAGUAUAUAAUUUCGUAAAUGAUAAUAUUUUCGAAGCACCAAGUACAUGAUGCCAUUGUCAGAAUCAUCGCUUUUACCAUUUGAAGUCGUGUAGAUAUUUAUUUUGUAACACCAAGCUUCAAAGAAUUAUAAAUAUAGAUACAGUGAAGCAAUAAAUAUUUAUUUUGUGAGUCUGUUUUAUGUAGGUAUCUUUUGCUGAAUGAAAAAUUUGUAUCAGCAGAAAGAGAACGAAAGAAUAUACGUGUUAAAAAUGUACUUAUAAACUUUAGUUAUAUAUAAUAGAAAUAAUUAAUAAUGAGUAGGUAGAUUUUUCGACUCAUAAUGUAGAUGUAUAGUUAGAGAAAUAUAUAGCAAGCCCUUAAUAGUUAGAAAUAAUUAGAGAAAUAUAAAGUGAGACAAAAAAAAUAGCUAAGUCUAAUGAAAUAAUCCAACAACUUUUCAUAGGUAGUUUUUCCAAAACUCCUUUCCUUUUAAUAGUAUAGAUUGCCAAAAAAAAACACUAAAAUUAGAAUUUUACUUGUGCUUUAAUACACUACCAUUAGCCAAUUGUUAUUAAAUUUGUGCUGCUUAAUUGUAUUUUGGGUUAUUCUUAUUCCUCUUUCACAGUUCUUACUCUUGUCUUUUAUAAAUAAAUUUAUUGUUAGAUCCUUAAAAGGAUUUGGCUAUAGUGGUGCUUUGAUGAAGCUCCACUCCAACGGUGGCUUGCACCUUCCCCAUUCCCAUCACUACCAAAACCCCACGCUUCUCCCUUUUUUCUGGCAGUGGUAAAUUGCUUUUUUAGGUUUCGUUUUAUUGAACUUUUUUUUUUGCUAAACCGUUCUAUUGAACUUUAUUUAUGCUGUUUUUGUUGAGAAAUUAAGUGUUUUAAUCGAAUUUGAAUUUGAAUAUUUGCUUUGAAUUUAUAUAUUCAAAUUUUUUUAUAGCAGAACAACGAGGGUUGGGGAGGCUUUUAUAUUGGCCUUUCGGAGCUGCAUGGGAACGUUCACUGUAUAAUGGCGUAAACUUUGUUUGUCACACUACAAAUUGUAAAAUUUAUUUUUUUUAUUUUUUUGGUAAUCAAAAUUUAAUUUAUAUUUCUAAAAAUAAAAACGUUUCUAUACUUACAUCUCUAAAAAAAAUGCAAGUAUUAUAUAACGUAAAAAAUGUAUUUAAGGCUAUAGUAGAGGAAGUCACCUUGACCUUCCCAUGUUGAUAUCGGGAAAUAUCGGACGGUAUAUAUAACCAGUGAGUAACUUUUAUAACACUAGUUUUGAUUAACAAAUUCACCAUUGUAAAAUACUUUUCAGCAUUUCGUAAGAAGAAAUUGUCAACCCUUAUAACAAGACAAGCUAGAUAGCCAUCGACAAGAGGCAUGAUAUUAACCCUUCACAAUAAUAUUAAUAUAUAUAGAAAAAAGAUAUUAUAAAAAUCAAUCAAAUUGUAUUGAGUAAUAUGUGAAACAGACCUGACUUAUCAAUUUCUGACGAAAGAUAAACCCAAGCUAGACAUACACGUAGCGAACCCAUUGAUUAGGUCCAAAGAAAAUGAAGGCAACAAAAACAAAGAAUCUUGACGUAUGGACAAGUAAAUCAUUACUUUUGUUUGGCUUUUAUACACAAAAUAUGUUAAUUAAAUCGAUAAUUCUUGUGCGUAGAUAAACAAAUAAAGCAGAAACCAAAACAAAACAUUUCAAGAACAAAAAGCAUAAAACUAAGAAAGAAAGAAAGCCCUUUCUCAAAAAAAAAAAAAAAACUAAGAAAGAAAGAAAGGACACUUCAUUUUACAACAAAAUGAAGAGGCGAAUAAAGAAGAGUAAAGCAUUGAUUCUGAAAUACUAAUGUAGGAUCAUUCAUGAAAUAAGAUAUGUAAUAUUCCACAAACUAGAAACUAUUAAGAAAAAUAAGUUAGGGGAAAAGAAAGAAGAAGAAAAAGAGCUUUAACUUUUGGAAUCGGAAGAAGCCCAAACAUAAAGUCUUUAUUUUACCUUUUAACCCCUUCAAGAAUCAUGGAUUAAUUUCAGUGCCCUCUUACUUUGUCCAUAUCUCUCUACUCUGUUUCUUCGCCUUCUCUAGUCAGCUCUUCUCUCAUCUUCCUCUUUAUCAGGUAAAGAAUUAUGAUGAGCAUAUCCCUCAACCAUACCUCUCUUUACUCUUUUCAGUUUUACAACUUGUCUGAAGUUUGCAUGCGCAGACGGUUAUGUAGAUCAUAAGAAAGAGUGAAUGGAGCUGUGGACAGAAGCUAGAGCCCUAAAGGCAAGUCUGAGAGGUGAAGCUAUAAAGCAUCAGGUGACUGUGUCAUCUGAGGAAUUAAGCCGAACUUCUUCUGCUGAAGAUUUCUCCGUUGAGUGUUUUCUAGAUUUCUCAGAGGAAGGUCAAGAAGAAGAACUUGUCUCAGUUACUUCUUCACAAGAAGAACAAGAACAAGAUUGUUGUAUCUAUAGUUCACAACCUUGCAUGUUUGAUCAACUUCCUUCUUUGCCGGAUGAAUAUGUGGAAGAGCUUGAAUGGGUAUCUCGUGUUGUGGAUGAUUGUUCAUCACCAGAGGUCUCACUUCUCUUCACACAAACCCACAAAACCAAAGCAAGCUUCUCAUCUUCAGUUCCAGUUAAACCAAGAACCAAACGGUCUCGGAACAGCUUAACCGGUGACAGGGUUUGGCCACUCGUUUCAACAAAGCAACAUGCAACAGGAGAGCAGGGGAGGAAGAAGAAGCAAGAAACGGCUGUUGUGUUUCAAAGAAGAUGCUGCCAUUGUGGCACAAACAACACACCUCAGUGGAGAACCGGUCCGGUCGGUCCAAAAACCUUAUGUAAUGCAUGUGGAGUCCGGUUUAAGUCCGGUCGACUAUGUCCGGAAUACAGACCGGCGGCUAGCCCGACUUUCUCGAAUGAGAUCCACUCAAAUCUUCAUAGGAAGGUUAUGGAGCUGAGGAAGAGUAAAGUGUUGGUUGAAGAGACAGGUGAAGCUACUACUAAAUCAGACCAAGUCAAAUUUGCCAUUAACAUGGUAGAUAAGACUUAGGUAAAACUAAACCUACUUUUAACAUUAUCCUUAGUGUUUUAAUCUAGCAACUUGCUCCAUAACAUUGGAAGCUGUUUUGGAAUUAGUCUAUAAAAAAGGUUUCUUCUAGAUUAUGUAUUUUUUUAGUGAUGUGAGACCACCACCAUUACUACUUAGAAUGAUUUCGGUCCAUGUGAAGUGGUGUAGACUUUUUGAAGUAUUUGGUAAACUAUAAAGCUAAAACAA